AUGCACAACAUAAUCCAUAUUGAUGCAAAAUGGUUUUACAUGAUAAAGAAAUCCCAGACCUACUACUUGGCAAUAGGGGAAGAGCCACCAUAUCGAACAUGCAAAAACAAGAAUGAUGUUAGUAAGGUUAUGUUCCUAGUUACUGUGGCUAGGCCUAGAUUUGAUACACAAGGAAAUGAAAUUUUUUUUGAGAAGAUUGGGUUGUUUUCAUUUGUUACAAAAGAGGCAGCAAGGAGAAGGAGUGCAAACAGGGGCAGAGGCACAAUGGAAACAAAACCAAUCACGUCAAUUACAAAAGAAGUGAUGAAAUCUUUCUUAAUUAACAAGAUGUUACCAGAAAUCAAAGCCAAAUGGCCAACAAGCCAUGCAAGUGAAACCAUUUAUGUUCAACAAGAUAAUGCUCCUUGUCACAUUCAUGAUAGUGAUGUGGACUUUCAUAUGGCAGCAAGUAAUGAUGGGUUUGAUAUUCGCUUGAUUUCCCAACCCCCAAAUUCCCCUGAUUUGAACAUUUUAGAUCUUGGUUAUUUUAAGGCAAUUCAAGUAUUACAACACCAUGAAGCACCUAAAACUAUAGAUGACCUUGUCAAGCUUGUAGAGAAGUCAUUUUAA